ACCGGAAAAGGGUGCUGCUGUGAUAGUCGAGAACCGAGACAAUCUAUUCGGGUACGCCAUCAGACGGAGAACAUCGGCUCAGAAAACCUACAUACCUGCUUCACUUAACGCACACCACAAAUAGAUAUCAUUUACAGGCGAUUCAAGUGGCAAACAAACACAGGAGGGAGCAUAUUUAGUUGUUUACUAGCGUUAAUUAAAACUCGGUGACGUCGUCGCCAGCUCUGCUCGCAUAGCGCGAAAGUAACUUACCGCCAGGAAAAGUUCGGAUCCCGUGUAUGUAUUCGCAGUUUGAAAGCCAUGUUGGACGAAACUCUGUGUCAUAGCGACCGAAACGACAUCGGUAACGUUGAAAACAACAAGCCAGUCUCGAUGGUGUCGAAGAGCGAGGGGAACCUCAACAAAACCAGACACGUAUUGCUGAAGAAAGGGGGGAAAAGGCUUCGCUCGACGUCAACAACGACGGCGGCGGCAGUUUCUCUUCGACCUCCCCAGGCCAGCCAUCACCAUAUCCAGAAACACCAAGGAACUAACCCCGCUAGAGUCGCGGACCAUAAUAACAACAAUGUCACCACGUCGCCUGGCAUCAGGUCCGCGGUGCAGCCGAAACACGGGCACCCACACGGCGUGUCUACCGUGCUGACUCUCCACCCGCUUAAACCAGGACCCAAAAAAGAGCUGCUGAAGUCAAAAGGGAGGAAGCCGGAGGGUACCGCCCCCCAACCAGGGAGCCAGGUCGGCCACACCCACAGCCGACCACAAGACCACAGGGGCCGCACCAAGCUGAGCAGUGCCCCGGGCCUCUCUCAGCCCUCCCGGAGGAAAGACCCCAGCAAGCAGCAGCAGCAGCAGCUCUCUCCCCCACCCCUCCAGCCCCCACAGCACCUCAGACAAGCAGAGCGGAAGAAGAGGCCUCUGGGCUCGGCCGAAAACAUCACGCUGGCAAAGCCGCCUCUGCCGCGACCGUUGCCACAUGAAGAAGACCUCAAGGACGGCGAGAAGGUCUACGCCGGAGCCAAGUUCAGCGAGCCCCCCUCUCCGAGCGUCUUGCCCAAACCCCCAAGCCACUGGGUGGGUCCCGCCAGCGCACCACAGCGAGGCGACCAGAGUCGGGAGCAGAUGAGCGUUCACUUGAAGUCGCUCCUUAAGGUGCAAGGGCAAUCGUGACUGUGGUUUGUUUGAAUGAUUGAACAUGAUGCAAACUAUAGGUAAACGAUACGACAGUAGGGUCAAAAAAAUGGUAUUUGAGAGGUCUGGGUGCACAGCCUAGAGUGAAUCAUGGCGGAUGGCGUGGAGUUUGGUUUUGAAACACCUUCAGUUUUCCUCUGAUAUGCAACACAUUGCCAGCAUUGUUGAAUGUGUCAUGGAGACGGCGUAUCUAGCAGUUUUUGCUAUUAUGCUUGAUGUCGCCGAUUAUUAGUGAGUACGAUUCCGGUGUCUGGUUUAAUAUUUUUUGAAAGACAGAGGUAACAGAAUAUAAUCUGUUGUGGUCAAACAGGAAAGCCUACAUAUUGUUUUCCAGGAAGCGAGAGUGUUAAAAUGUCGAGAGCAGGGUGGUUACUGAGGUCCAUGUUGGUAUUUUUUACAAAGCCACAUGUGCACCUUCUCUUGUUUUGUCAGGUCCCAUUGUGGGUUGACAAUUUUAACUGAAGCGCUGUCAAUGUACAUUCUAUAUUGUAGAGAUAUACGUGUAUAUUUUCAACGUGCUUUUAAACUCCAGAUUCUAGUUUUUUUACUGAAUCCUGUUCAUAUGUUCCUAAAGGCACUUUCUUGCAGUUCCGCCAAUGGGUCACGGCACCCACGUGGGCACUGUGAAUGUAACGCAAUAGUCUUAGUAUGUUUUUUUUGCACUGAAGAAGACGCAGAAACACCGAUAUGGGUGGGGGAAGCAAACGACCGUGUGAAGCAGCUGUGGAGGGCAGGUUUGUACCUGUCUCACCACACACAUUUUCUUUAAUCGGCCAGUAAGAAUCACAAUGUGCAAAGAUAAUGUCCCAACUUGUGACUGGAAAUGUGAAGUGUUGCAGAUAAGGUCAGCUGGAAUGGCUAAACAUUAGCACUAAAUGUCAAUUUAUUUUGUUUUUCCAGAGUGCAGGUCUUGUUGGGUAUGGUUAUUUGUCGCACUGUUGCUCUGUGGAACUCAGCUAGGUUUGUAUAUCUGAUGGAGCCUUAAUGACAAAUCUGUGUUGUUGUUCCAGGAAACACAGAUAAUGUGAAAAGACUCCCAACAUGUUUUAUGUGUGAGAAGAAUGGCUGUAUUUAUUAACAUCCACAAUGGAGUCUUUUGAGGGCUUUCUGCCUGUCCUAUUUGGAAUAAAUAGCACAGGUAAAGUUAAAGACUGUUAUUUGUGUUUGUUCAGUUAUUCCCAACCACCACUUUGUUUCUUUCAUGCAAAGCACUGAACAUGUUUACUGAGAUUAUGUUUGAAUUUCACCAGAAAACUAUAGGAUCGUGUACCAUGCUUUUUUUUUUUUGUGAUUAUGAACAAAUACAGGCAGCUUUUGACUACAGUUUGUCAUUUCGGUGACGUCACACAAAUCAAGGGAAUUGUAUUACUGUAGCAGUGUUUCAAUGUUUUUUCCAUCCGCUUCUGAAAAAGUUGAACCGAUUUCCCCAACCAAAACAUGCAAUCAUUUUUUGUCUUGUUUUAUGAAAUAUUCAUAUCUAAAUUGAAUACUUAAAUUAAAGAUUGAUUACCCAUAA